CUUUUUCAAUCUGUCCAAACAUUCAGCCAAGAGAGAGAAGAUAGAGAGAGAGGUUCUGUUAUGCGAGAGUUACUUCCCGCAGAAGGUUCUGUGUGGAAUCUAUAAAACAAAUAUGGGGAAAGGGGAAGAGUAAAUGCAUAGGGAGAGAGAGAGACGGGAAGAGAGAGAAAGGGUAUAUUUUAAAUUGGUUGUUGCAGUGAUUGAUUUCUAAGAAAUCAUCAGAAGGGGUUUCGUGGUAGCUUUGUUCUUCUGUCUAGCCGAGAUUCUGGAAAAUCAAAAUCUCCACGUCUUCUUCUAACCAUAUUCUUGUUUGUCACUUCAAGAUUUUCGCCUUACCCUCUCCCCUCAACAACCCAACCCAACGGACUCUGUACUUCUCAAUUUUGUUAUAUAUGCUCUGUCACGUGUUGAAUUCUGACUUCCCUUCACGAACUGGGUUCCGGGUGGGGCGUAAUUCGGGUUUUUUCUACGCCCUCGUUUUUGGGGUUUGAUAGGUUCGUCUCUUUUGGGGCAUUUUCUUCAUUAUCGCUUUUUGACAACGAUAAGGGGUGUUUUAGUCUCGGCCUCAUUGAUUGUUGCACACGUGGGUCUGUUCUCUGAGUUGGGGUGCUCUAACUAGGGUUUUCGAGGGGAUCCGAGGUUAAAGUUUGUGUCUUUCCGCGAAUAUCUCUGUUGGGUAUGUGCAAAGUUGAGCUGUUGAUGCAGUGUUAAGGGUUGAAUUGAUUGAUUAAUUGAUUUUAAAAUUUAGCCUAGAAUCUGUUUGGUUGUAUUUUUCUUCUUCCGUUGGUUGGACUCUUUUCCGGAUUCAGUAAUCUGAGAAUUUAAUAGGUUCCUAAUCCAGAAUUUUGUCCUUGUUCCUCUUCUAUACAUUUUAUCAGGUGAAGUGCGAGUUUGUGAGGUAAAAAAAAAGGUUAUGCCGGAUUUUCCUUGAUGUUGUUUUGUGUUUAAGCUAUUGGUGGGGGUGUGAUUCGAACCCUGUGUGCUUUUGAUUGGUUUAAUAUUUUGGUGGACAAAGGGAUUGUGAUUCAUUCUUGUGUUGAUUGGUGGAUAAGAUGAGUAGCAGCGUGUCUGGAAGUUUAGUCCAUCAGGGCCAGUUGCUUGUUCAUAUUGCUGAGAAUGGACACUCUUUUGAGUUGGAUUGCAAUGAAAACACACUUGUUGAGGCAGUUAUGAGGUCUAUUGAAUCUGUUACGGGAAUUAAUUUCAGUGAUCAGCUUGUUCUUUGUUUGGAUAUGAAGCUGGAAUCACAUCGCCCGCUAUCUGCGUACAAGCUACCAUCUGACGAGAGGGAGGUUUUCAUAUUCAACAAAUCAAGGCUUCAAAACAAUUCACCGCCUCCACCACCGGAGCAAGUUGAUAUUCCCAACCAUUUGGAGCCUCCAUCGCCAGCAUCCUCCCACGAUUCACACCCUCUUGAUGAUGCUUCAGAUCCUGCUCUGAAGGCUUUACCUUCUUAUGAACGACAAUUCAGGUACCAUUAUCAUCGGGGGCAUGCUAUAUAUACUAGUACUGUGAUGAAAUAUGAGCAUUGUGAGAGGCUUUGGAGAGAACAGAUGGUCCAAGAAAGAGCAAUGGAGGUUGCAAGGGGUAAUUUGGAUCAGUAUUAUCGAAUGAUUAACCAAAGCUAUUUCGACUUCAUGAAACGUUAUAUGCAACAACACAGGAUGCAUUCUGAUCUUUUGGUGAAUUUUGGGAAGAAUGUUGAGAAACUAAGGUCCAUCAAACUUCACCCUGCUUUGCAAACUGCUAAUCGCAAAUGCUUACUGGAUUUGGUCAAGGAGGAAAACUUGAGGAAGUCAGUGGAGAAUUGCACCAGCUCCCACAAGCAGUUUGAGAAUAAAGUGUCACAAUUUAAGCAGACUUUUGGGGAAGUGAAGCGUCGGGCGGAGGAAUUGUUGUCCACCAGGGCUUUCUUGCCCAUCAAGAAUAUAGAACAACCAAUUAAAGAACACCAGAGAUACAUAAAUGAACAAAAGAGUAUCAUGCAAUCUCUGAGCAAGGAUGUUAACACUGUAAAGAAACUGGUAGAUGAUUGUCUAUCCUCUCAAUUGUCUUCCUCACUUCGUCCUCAUGAUGCAGUUUCAGCCUUGGGUCCUAUGUACGAUGUUCAUGACAAAAAUCACCUGCCCAAAAUGCAGGCUUGUGAUCGUGCUAUUUCAAAGCUACUAGAAUUUUGCAAGGAAAACAAGAAUGAAAUGAAUAACUUUGUGCACAAUUACACUCGAAACAUAACCUAUGUUUCUUAUCUCAUCAAAGAUCAAAAGCUGCAGUUCCCUGUUUUUAAAGAGGCAAUGACUCGUCAGGAUGGCUUGUUUGUGGAUUUAAAGUUGUUCCACGGUAUUGGUGCAGCAUACAGAGCUUGCCUUGCAGAGAUAGUGAGACGAAAGGCUUCUAUGAAGCUGUACAUGGGCAUGGCUGGGCAAAUGGCUGAAAGAUUAGCUAUAAAACGUGAGGCCGAACUCAGUAGACGAGAGGAGUUUUUGAGAGUUCAUAGUUCAUGCAUUCCUAAAGAUGUACUAACGUCUAUGGGAUUGUUUGACAGUCCAAACCAGUGUGAUGUCAAUAUAGCUCCGUUUGAUGGUGAUCUGCUUAAUAUUGACAUAUCAGACGUGGAUCGAUAUGCUCCUGAAUAUCUAACAGGAAUAACUUCCAAGAUGGAGAAGCUAGGAAGCUUUAAAGGUUCAACUGCUUUGAAUAGUGAUAGCUCUCAUUUGGCUGAGGAUGUAGAUAUUGCUGCUGACUCCAUUGAGAGAUAUGAUUCUGAAGGCUUGCCAGAUGGCAGUGAGUUGAUUGAAAUUGCUGGAACCUGCAAGAUGGAAGUUGAGAAUGCAAAACUGAAAGCUGAGCUUGCUGGUAGAAUAGCUUUAAUAUGUUCGCUCUGUCCUGAGGUAGAGUAUGAGUCAUUGGAUGAUGAAAGGGUGAAUAAUAUGCUAAAGAAUGCUAGAGAAAAGACAGAAGAAGCCUUGCAUUUGAAAGAUGAAUAUAUUAAACAUAUUCACUCCAUGCUUAAGAUGAAGCAAAUGCAAUGUAUGUCAUAUGAGAAACGUAUACAAGAAUUGGAGCAGAAAUUGUCUGAUCAGUAUAUGCUUGGGCAGAAGCUUUCCAAUGUAAAUGAUGUGGCUGGGAAGGAAAUAAAGUCAGAAUCUAUCAGCAGUGAAGCUCACAUGCCUUCCAUAUCUACUUCUGAGCCCAUGGAUGAGGUUUCAUGCAUCUCAAGUUCCCUGGAUGCAAAACUUGGUUUGUUCACAGAACAUACUGGUAAAGUGUUAGAUGGGGUGGAUGAAAACAUGUUGGAUUCCUCUGGAGUUCAGAACCCACAGUUGGACUCAUCUAUGAUGGAGCCUCAUCGGGAAGAAGCACAGAGUGCUGAUAAAGAUAAGAAAGACAAGAUAAUCGGACAAUUAGGCAUGUCGUUAACAAACAGUUCUACUGGUGAGAACAUACCUGUGUCACAUGACCUUGUACCUUUUGACCCCACAGUUUCUCAAGACUCAGAAUCCAAAGUAAAUGAUGAUAAGGUGUUGUUGGAACUACGAAGUGCACUUUCAGAUAAGUCAGAUCAACUGACUGAAACUGAAACCAAGCUUAAAAAUGUUAUAGAGGAGGUUGUUGUGCUCAAAAGGGAGCUGGAAGCUAGUAAAAAACUACUUGAUGAAUCUCAGAUGAAUUGUGCUCACUUGGAAAAUUGUUUGCAUGAAGCAAGAGAGGAAGCUCAGACUCAAAAAAGUUCUGCUGACAGGAGGGCCUCAGAGUAUAGUUCACUACGGACAUCUGUCAUUAAAACACGCAGCUUUUUUGAAAGACUCAAGACUUGUGUUUAUUCUCCCGGUGGUGUGGCUGGUUUUGCAGAUUCCCUUCGUAAUUUGUCGCAGUCUUUGGCCAAUUCUGCUAAUGACAGAGAUGAUGAUGACAUUGCUGAGUUCCGAAAAUGCAUUCGUGUCUUGGCCGAUAAAGUUGGUUUCUUAUCGAGGCACCGGGAAGAGCUGCAUGAGAAGUACUCAAGAACGGAAGCUGCUAAUGAACAGCUUCGGAAAGAAUUGGAGGAGAAAAUAGACCAGGUCAAAACUUAUUACAAUAAGCAUCAACUUGAGAAGCAGGCAAAUAAAGAGAAGAUUUGUUUUGGUUGCCUGGAAGUUCAUGAGAUAGCAGCCUUUGUGCUCACUUCUGGUGGGUAUUAUGAGGCAAUUACCAGGAACUGCUCUAAUUAUUACUUAUCCGAUGAAUCAGUAGCCCUGUUUGCAGAACAUGUUCCAAGCCGACCUAACUACAUUGUUGGACAAAUUGUGCAUAUCGAACGCCAGAUUGUGAAGGCGGCACCCCCUCGGGCUGAAAAAUUUAGCACCCCUGACAAAGGGACUGACUGGUUGACCUUGAAUUCAGGUUCAACUCCAAACCCAUACGGUCUCCCUGUUGGCUGUGAAUAUUUCCUAGUGACAGUAGCCAUGUUACCUGAUACCACCAUUCAUUCAUCUUCUCCUUCCUGAUCCUGCUUCAUCCCUCGCAGCAGAUUAGACGUGAUGGAAGAAUUCAAUUGUACAUAAACUACAUUCAAACUCCCAACUGCUCUUCAUUAUGCCUCCUGCUUUAACCAUUUGUACAGCUCAUAAACCAAUUUAGUUUCAAUCUCCCUCUGUAGAUAUUUCAAUCCUUUUAUCACAUUUUGUAUAGAUUGUCAAUAUUAUUUACAACUUCUGCUUAUUUGGACU